AACAACAUGGACGAACAACACAACAACAUGUAGAAGGAAAACGCUUUAAAAUCUCAUCUUUUUUGUCCAGACGAGUCAAGAUGGCGACCAGCACAGCAAAUUGGCGUGGAUAUUUCGACGAGGACUCGCCUCCACUUCUGGUGAAAGAACGAGACACUUUAUACGGCGAUAAAUUCCAAAGCUGGACUGCGUUUCAUCCCAGGCAGGAGCAGACCUUGACCAAAAAGCGUCCGCCUCGCUCUCGCACCAAUAUAGCGAUAAACCACAAACUGAGGACGUUCGUUCCAGAGUCUGUUAAACCCAAGCCCACGGAUCCAUUUCGUCUCUGGAUCGAGGGCGGGCGAAAAUAUCCGCCGUUUCCACCAAGGUGGGAUCCGCAGUACAACAGUAAUGUCUGGAGGAAUUUCAGCAGCCGCGCUGGAUAUCGUGUCGACUCACAGGGGAGCAGCGUUCCGGAGUUAGUCGCGGAUAUGUACCCGAUCAAAAUCCCGCCCCACUCCGAAAUGAAAGACAACACAUUCGUUAAAUUCCUCAGCGAGGUGCCAAUGAUCAAGGACCAAAAACGCCGUGACCUCGCCAUCUCUCGCUCGGUGCGAGAACUGAAAGACUUCAAACAGCUGAAGCUUCGCAGUGAGAUGCGUGUACCGCCAAUCACAGACAGCGGAGCUAUUGCUCUGCCGAGGGGCUUCAAGAAAUAUGAACACUCGAGAAGUUUGUCGACUCCCGAAACGACGAUGACGCAGUCUUUACGACAGAUGACGGAGCUCGAACGCGACAGUCAGCGUAGCGUGCUCGGCACUCAUCGAGCCAAGGGUACACGGCUCUGGAAACUGACUUUCAAAACGAAUCAUCCGGACUAUGAAAGGAUGAAGUUAGAACAAGAAGAGAAGCACCAAUACCCGGCGAAAAGCCCAAUCGAUGGAGAAAUAUGGUUUCAGUAGGUCCAAUUAACAGGGAUAUUUUCAUUCUGAUAAAUUAUUGUUGAUGUCAAAAGUAUACUGUGUCCUCAGUGACAGAUUUGAGUAUAAUUUUGACCACAAGUCAAAAUGAUACAUAUUAAAAUUCCAACAAAAAUUUAAACACAAACAGGAGGGGCUGUUGAAGGCCGGAGAGUCGUGAUCCUAAGCAACUUGAAUGGGAGACCACACACACGAGUGGCGACUCGCAUGCUUAGUCACAUUCCAGUUGCUCCGCUGUUUAUGCCCCAAUCAGCCUUG